CAUGUUGCAGAUGCUGCUCAUUAACCGACUAGUCCGAAGGAUGUUGUGAUUUCAUUGUCGUAGUUAAAGGAGUGAAAACGUGUCUUUGUCUCCAAGCUGGUCAUUUCCUACACUUCAAUCCUCUGGACUUUGUUCUCAUGUCGUAUUAAUUUGCUGUGAUAAUUAAGUGUUAAAAAGCCAAGAUGGACUCAUUAGAGAAGUCUUUGAAUGGUGAUGGCACGAUUGAGCCUAACCUUGACCUAUCAGAGAACAUGCCUGACAUGAUGACAGAACCCAACCAGGACAUGUUGGAUAGCAUGCAGGAGUUGAUGGCACAGAAAGCUGGAGAACUGUUUCGUUUAUGUGACAAGGAAGAAAAAGGAUUUAUAAAUAAAUCAGAUAUGCAAAGGCUGAGAGCGGAACUUCCCGUUUCUCCCGACCAACUAGAAGUUGUAUUUGACUCACUGGAUAAUGAUGGAAAUGGAUUUUUAACACUAGAAGAAUUCACGGAGGGAUUCGGAAGUUUUCUUGGCAUACGAUCACCGUCUGCUUCCCGGGAACACUAUGACGAGGAGAAUGAGGAGACUACGUUGUACGAGGGUGAGGCUGGAGUUGCAGACCCUGCUUUGGAAGAGAAACAUUUUAAAGAAAUGUUGCAUCACAUCGGCGCUGUCCAUGUAUUUCAAGACGAGGACAUUAUCAAAGCGAUGUGGCAAAAACUUCACCACGAAGAGCCGGACAUGGCCAGUACUUUUGAAGAGUUCAUUGCGCGUGUGGCCAGUGACAUCAAGAGAUCUAAGGUGGACUUUCAGUCACUAGAGGCAGCUCUGUUGAGCAAAAAUAAUGAACAUGAGAAAGAAGUGAAAAAACUGUAUGAAGAAAUGGAGCUGCAGAUAAAACAAGAAAGAGAAAGAAUUCUGAUGGAGGAAAAGGCCAAAGAAAAACAGGUCAGAACAGAAUUAGAGCAACAGUUGGAGGAGAAAGAGAGACAACUACAUGAAAUUUUGACAAAACACCAAGAGCUUGAGCAUAAAUUACAAAAGCUGAAUAAAGUGGAAACAUUGACAAAAUUGGAAAAUGAAAGACUUCUGAAGGAAAAAGAGGAACUUGAGGAAAUGUUGAGUCAGUCUCAAGAAAACUUAGAAGAAUCAAGGAAUUAUAUACAACAGAUGCAAUUACAACAAAAAGAUGAAAAAAGAGAAAGAGCAAGGUCAUGUGAAGAUAUUCUUGAAGGAAGUAAAAAAAAUAAAAACCUUUCAGUCCAAUUUGAAGCUUCACAUCUAAUAGAGAAAUCAAGCUUGACCAAAGGUCAAAGGGCUGCACUUAUGCUGUCUGAGGGGAUAGCAAUUGAAAGAGAAAGUUUAGUCAAACAGCUUGAUCUCCUUAAAGAUGUGAACAAAAAAUUACGCGAUGACAAAGAUGAAGCAGAGAUAACAGAAGCAAGGCGGGAAGUGGGAUUUUCAUUCGAGGAGGAGGUUAAAAGUGUCGAGAGCUCAAAGCCAGACCACAAGCCUCAACCACGGAAGAAAAUUUGUAAGCAAGGGUCAGUUCUGGGUAAAUACUUCCCAGGGGGAUCAGGCAGGUCAACCGAGCUGGUCUCAGUUGACCUAGACAUGGACGACCUGGCAGAAGUGUGUGGGGAUGAUGUUGAUGCUGAUGAGCUGAAUGAUGCCAAUGUCUUUAUACCUGGGAUCAACGAGGAUGAAGAUGAUGCUGCCUCAAUGAUUGAGGAAGCUACUUCAGCCCCUGAAGAUGAAGUUCAUCUCUCUACAGAUCAACAUCAUCCUUCCCUGAGUGGGGGGGAGAAGACUGGGAACGUAGGGGGAACAAAACAAAAAAAGAGAAUUAAAAUUCGAAGUUUAAAGAGGUCACAGCCAGUUGGAGCUGAUUCCUUUCAUAUGGAAUUAGCUGUACCUAAGCCACAAAGACUUUUUAAAGUUGUAUUCAUUGGAGAUUCUGGUGUAGGUAAAAGUACAAUCAUACAUAGGUUUUGUCAUCAAGAGUUCAAGUGCAACUUCCAAGCUACAAUAGGUGUGGACUUUCAGGUGAAAACCAUUGAGCUAAAAGACACAAUAGUUAUUCUACAACUCUGGGACACUGCUGGUCAGGAGCGGUAUAGAUCACUUACCAAAACAUAUUUCCGCAAAGCUGAUGGUGUCAUUGUUGUGUAUGAUGUCACCACUGAGUCCACCUUUACCAAUGUCAGGAACUGGAUGACAAGUGUCAAGGAAGAAGUGGAACCUGGAACAGUAAUUAUGUUACUAGGCAACAAGCUGGAUAUGGCAGAAGAUGAUGCAUUUCGUCCAGUGAAAGAAAAAGAUGGCAGGCUUUUAGCUGAACACACUGACAUGUUGUUUUAUGAAACAAGUGCCAAGUCUGGAAUAAAUAUCAAAGAAGCAAUGGAUGCUUUUACAAGUUUGUUGCAAGAAAAAGAAGACAAGAAGUUAGAGGAAGGCUUGAAGCUAACUGAUUCUAAAGCAAAGAAAAGAUGUUGUAGCCGGUGAAUGUUUUGAAUGCCUUAAAAGAUUUUUAAAAUAUAUCACAAAAAAAAGCAUGAAAUAUGAAAGAUAAAUUAGCUCCAGGCUGUGACCAGAGUAAAAUUCUUUAGUUUGAAAAUUUUGCAUUGUUAUAUAUUUUAUUACCACAAAAUGCACUUCUAUUUCUUGGUUUUAUCAAGAUCCAAAGUUUCUUAAUACGAUAAUGUCUCCUCCCACCCCCUUUUUUUAUAGUUCUCAGCUGCUUCCCAUUAUUCUCCCUCCCUCUCCUGCACAAUUUAAUUCUUUAAAUUUUUUUUUUUCUUUACUGCUUCUUUUUGAUCGCUCAUUGUAUAUUUGUCUCUAUAAAAUCAUAUUUACAUUAUUCGUGAUAUUAAUUUUAGGGUUCACUGUUGACUUUUGUCAAUAUUUAACUUGUUGAGUUCAAAUAUAUAUUUAUGUACAUUUUUGUAUUACCAAGUUCCUCCAUUUAUUUCUGAAAAUUGUUUUUUCCCUGACUUAUUUGUUUAUCAUUUGUUAACAUGCUAAUAGUUUUUUUGGAAUUGUUUUGUAUUCAUGUUUUAUUUUAAUACAUGCAGACUUGUCCAUUUCAAAUUAGAGAUUUGUAAUGUAAUAUUUAUACUUUAUGAUGUUUUCAUUUUGAAAAAAAAAUCUUUAAAACUGAUUUUUGAGAGACAUUGUUGUUUUGAGCUAAGAAUUUUCUGAUUUUCCACAAGAUUUUCAUUGAAAACUUUCAUGGUAAAUAUCAAUUUAAAAAAAAAAGCAAGACUAGGUGAUUGUAUUUGUUUUUGUUUCACAUAAACUCAUUAACAGACCCUGUGGGUAAAUUUUUUUCAAACAUUGUACUGCAUACAAACUUAUAUCUAAAUUACAUUAAGGAUUAGUCAUUUAACCAAUUAUGGACCAUUAUAAUCAUUGGAAGACUUUGUAUGAGAAAAAUAUGAGAGUUGUCAACUUUUUUUUAUAAUCUGUUUGGAUUUCUGGAUAUGGUACUUUGCAUACAUUUUUUGAUGAAUAAUUGGAAAACAAAAGGGCUGCUUUGGAAGUACCAUAAGUAGCCAUUGUACAUAUGAAAUAUUUUAAGCAUGGUAAAAGUAUUGUGACAUUUGAUAUUCUGUCUCUGUUUGGUUAUUGUAGAUUUGUGUGUGUGUGCGUUUAACAUAUACCACCUUUUCUUUUCUAAAAAUGGUCUAUAUUUAUGUGAAUAAAAUAUGCAUCAUUACUUAAAAAAAAAGGAUAUGCUUUUUAGAGGACCUAUAAUAAUCUGUGCCUAGAAUUUAAACAAUAGUAAAAUUGAAUUUUCAGUAGCACUUUUAGUCCUUGAGAUAAAACUUUAUCAAAUACAAAAUUCCUUUUUCCCAAACCUUAAAAAGGAUUUAAGUGCAGACAAUAAGCAAUAUAAAAAAUAUAGUUACAGAUAAGACAAAAUCAGACUUUUCCAAUCUCGCUUUAGAUGAUUUAGUUAUUGAAUUCUUAAACAUACAAGACUGAUGGCACAUGAGCAUCUUUUCACCAGGAGAUCAGUUAAAAUAUGACCAGCUUGACACAGAUGUUCCACUCUGUAUUAGGCUUGUCUGUCAGUCAUAACAAUGUUUUUGUAAAGGUCUCUUAUAAUUGUACAAGUAUUAUUGGUUAAUAGUAAUUCAACAAGUGCAAUUAUUUCUAUUAUCUUAACAUAUUUAUAAAUAUAUAUGAACACAGGAAUCUAAGUCUCGUUUAAAUCUCAUAUCUAAUGAUUGCUCAAUUUGAUGACUACAUGAAUGGUAAAUAUUAAAUGAUCAUUGUAAACUUGUGUUAUAUGACAUUGGCUUGUUCUAUCAGUAAUAAGUUUCAAAGUAUUCCAACAUUUUAACUGCUGAUAUUGUUUAUUUGAAAAAUGGUUUGUAUAUAAUCAUGAUGAAAAGUUUGUAACUUCCACUGUGACUACUACUAAAUAGUUUUUUUUUACAACUGA